UUGUAUGUUUGCGUCAAAUGACUGAAUAAUAAACUGAUCUCUCAUUCAAUACGUCUUUCAUUGGAUUGACUGACCAUUUGUUGACAUAUUGUGAUCAGUGAUCACAAACUUGUUAUACAAUCACCACAUUUUGGUCAUCAAUAUUAUUGUUGACAAAUAAAAGACUUUUUAGUUGUUUAGUUUGUCAACAGUUCCUAUAAUUUUGUUGAUCGACAACAAAAUCAGUGAAAAUAUGUCUUUUGGUAACAAUAGUAAUGCCAUCAAUGGAAACAUUGGGAAUCAGUUGAACAAUAAAUUGGACGAUGAGGUCGACGAUAUGGCAUUUCUGAGACAUCCACGACAAGGGUCUUCAGGAUACAUGUUAGCUAACAGUGGACUCAAUAGCAAUAAUGAGAACAAUGACUGGGAAGACAAACGACGGCAACUUUUAGCCGAAAGGCGAGCCAUUGAAGAGCGCACUCUUGAGAGCAGUAAAGUGUCGCUCGGAUUGGUUUAUGAAACGGAAAAGACCGGCAUUGAGACGGCCGAAGAACUAGUGAGACAAAGGGAACAAUUGGAUAAUGUAGAAGAAAAGUUGGAUUCAAUGAAUGCCAUUAUGAGAGUAUCACAAAAACAUUUAACAUCAAUGAAGAGUAUAUUUGGAGGAUUCAAGAAUUACUUCUCUAAAAGUAAUGAUACGAUCGCUAAUAAAAACCAAAACAAUACUAUUGGUAGUCGUCCUUCUGUUCACUCCGAGAGCAAUCUCAUCAAUACUAUCGAUAAUAUUAGAUCAGACGCAACAUCUAACAGUGCAAGCAAUCAUCCAUUCUUUAAUCAAAGAGGAAUUGAUUCAAAUGGUUUUGAUUUUGAUGAUAAUAGCGAUAACAAGAAAGUGGAUACAAAUGAAAAGUCACGAACUAAACAAAUUGAUCGACAAUUGAAUCAAAAUUUAACAGAAAUAGAUUUAGGUCUCGGAAGACUCAAGAACUUAGCACUCGGUUUAGGCGAUGAAAUCCAAACACAGAACCAACAGUUGGACAGAAUUACGACUAAAGCCGAGAGAUCGGAGGACACACUUCAACAUCAAAAUAGACAAAUGAAACGAAUCCUUAAAAAUUAAUGUUAAAUCAAUUUUAGUGACAUUACUAUUAUAGAUAUUAUUAUUAUUAUUAAAAUAC